CCAGACCGUUUGUCCCAACUCUUACUAAUAGAGGGCUCUGGUGAUAACUCCUUGAAAGUUGAAACUUGAUAGGCUACCGAAACUAAUUUACAAAUUCUUUAAUAACAAUUUAAACUAUAUAUAUGUAAUGAUUUCCCAGAAAGGGUGUUGCUAGUGUUUGUGUUGCAUUCGAAGAACAAACGGAUAUUUCUAGGUAAUUUUUUUGUGUAUUUGUUGUACAGUAAGUCAUUGCGGAACUCGUUUGAAGAGAUUUAACAGGCUGCUUAAAGACAAUACUAAGAACGCAUCUUUAUCAACGAUGGAUCAAUUGGUAGACAAAAUGAGCGAUAGUGGAGUUGGUUCUGUUGCCUCUUAUGACAAUGCAGAUCAGGAAAGUGUGAUGACUUCAAAAAGUUUAAGCGCAUCAGAUAAAUGUUACAGCACGAAGAAUGAUCUGUCGUCACCUUUUCACAACCCAAACGAUGUUGAUUCAAAGAAAGCAUCAAGUAUGGACGAUAUUUUCGAAAACGAAUUUCUUGAUGAAGAUUACAACAUGAAAGAAAAGGUGCAUGAUGUAUUUAAAAGUUUAUCGUGGAUUUGUGAAGGCUAUGGAACAGUGGGUCUAAAUGAAAAAAUGCCAUAUCCCCAUUUGUUUGUCACAGUUGAAAACCACGAAGGAAAAUCUGAAGAAAUUUUAAAAAAGGAGAUUGAUGAUAAGUUUGGAUGGAAUGCUUCGGAAUACAUUGAAUUUAAAAGUAAAUCACUGAGAACACCAAGGUUUCGACUGUUAUCUAACCUCCGCGUUGAGGAUAGUACAAUGCCAACAAAUGGCAACAUGCAAGUUAGCAAUAUCGACAGUUUUAAUGACAACAAUAAUUCUCAAAGAAGCAGCUCGCAUGGCACUCUGACAAUGUUUUGUCGUAACAAAGAAAAUCAUUAUGCUUUAACUUGUGCACAUGUUGCUUGUGUUACAGACCAAAUUUCUGCCACACAAACAUUUAAUCAGGAAAAUGAGGUUUCGAUGAUAAUUGAUAACGUAAAUGCCAGAAAUGAAAAUGAUGGUAACAAGUAUUUCUACCAGCUACCCAACAGUGGCGAGGAAAAACAACUAGGUAGUUUUCCCUGCAAUACAGUUAGUAAGUUUAACGAUGAAGCGGAUGUAAUGUUUAUUCCAGUUGGAAACGAAAACGAUUUUUAUAGUCUUGGUGGAGGAGACUUGGAGAAUUUUCCUUUGAGAUUAAAAGAAGCAAAUAAGGAGCUUUACCAGAGAGUAGACAAUGGCUACGGUUUUGUUAAAGUUCGUACAAAUUCUGGUAUUAAAGGCUUUAUUGAUAAAAGAAAUUACUCGCAUUUGUGUAAAAAGUCAAGAGAAACCAUUUUCAAGAAUGCCGUUAAAGUCAAAUGCGAUGACCAGUUUCUUAAGGAUGGUGACUCGGGAGGUCUUAUUUAUUUUAAAGAUGAUAAAAAUAAAUGGCAACCAUUUGCGUAUGGUGUGUGCGAAAUAGAUGAAGAAGAUGAUGACAUUUCUUUUGGUGAAGAGAAAAGUUAUAUAUGCUUUAAACUGGAUAAGGCAUUGAAGCUGCUCAAUUUCAAAGAUUGCGAAUUCUUCAGAGAACCGGAUGAUAAUAAUGAUGAAGUUUCAUCUGAUGAAGAUAGUGUACCUGAUUCUGAUGACUCUAAUGGAAAUGCAUAUCAGGGUUUCUCGACGGUAGAUUUUCACUCUGAAGAAUCCAGGGAAUUUUGGAACAAAAUACGUCCACAGUCCCAAUCAAAAUUGAAGGAAUGGAGAAAGAUGAGGGCACUUCUUGAAAGAGACUUUGCUAAGGAGUGUGCGCAAAGUCAAGUUUUGCGUUUUAUAUGUUACGUUUUAAAAAUUUAUCCUUUUGAAGAGAGAGACAAAAAAUAUGUCCACGAUCAAGAUUUUGCAAACCUCGUUGCUUGGUUUGGUCCUGUUAAAUCAGGAAAAGACGGUCUAUUUGCUAAGAUUAAAAAAUUGGCCAAAGAGUCCAUAACGUAUAAAGAAAAUGGACCGCACAGUUUCUUUGCCGGAUAUAUGACUGAAGACAAAGCUGAUGAAAUAAUCAAUAAGCAAACCGAAGUCGGAACGUUUCUUAUUCGAUUUAGUUCAACGAACGCCAGAACGGGAUCGUUCGUUGUUUGUUUGAAAACGAAGUGCAAUACAGAGCACAUUGAAUUGCAGGGUAACCCUAAGUCGCGUAAAGUUAGUUUUAACGGAAGAGAGUACGACGAUAUUGUCUUAUUGUGGAAACGCUACCUUAGUAAAGAAGGAGUAUCCCAGGAUGGUCGAACCUCCUGCUCAAUUGUGUGUCCUGACCUCCCUUUAAACGCCAUGUUUAAGGCGUACGGGGCAGGACCUGUGGCGUCCGUUAGAGGCCGAGGCAGAGGACGUGGAGCCCGUAGAGCACAAUUUAAUCAAUAAAAAUAUUCCUGUGCUAUUAAAGCAGUGUUUGUCUCACGCAGCUGUUGUAAAGUAGUCUCAAGCUGCAUUUUUAAAGAAAGAAGAGAACUGACCAAUCAGGGGUUUCGCCACAACGAUACUUGCACAUUUAAAGAUGGCAAAAAUGCACCAAGUGCGUUAUAAGCCGAUUAUAUUUGACUUAAUAUCAUUCGCAAUUAACUUAGACUUUCUAAAUGAAAUUUAGCACUGAUAAUUGUACUAAUAUCUUUCGUAAUUAACGUCAAUUGUUUUUAGAUUAGUUCACUGAAAUUUAGCACUGAUAAUUGUUCUAAUAUCUUUCGUAAUUAACGUCAAUUGUUUUUAGAUUAGUUCACUGAAAUUUAGCACUGAUAAUUGUUCUAAUAUCUUUCGUAAUUAACGUCAAUUGUUUUUAGAUUAGUUCACUGAAAUUUAGCACUGAUAAUUGAUUUAAUUAAUGUCAUUCAAAAUUAAAGUAAAUUGCUUUUAGACAAAUUGAA